CCGGAGCCAGAGCCGGAUCCCGGAGCCGGAGCGGAGCGGAGCGGAGCCGGGGCGGAGCGGGCCGAGCGGGCCGAGCCAGCAGCCGAGCUGGGGGCGCGGGCGGGCGGCAUGUACCGGGCCCGGGCGGCGCGGGCGGGGCCGGAGCCCGGCAGCCCGGGGCGCUUUGGGAUCCUCAGCACCGGGCAGCUCCGGGACCUGCUUCAGGAUGAGCCCAAGCUGGACCGGAUCGUGCGGCUCAGCAGGAAGUUCCAGGGCCUGCAGCUGGAGCGCGAGGCAUGCCUGGCCUCCAACCACGCGCUGGCCAAGGAGAACCUGGCAUUGCGGCCCCGCCUGGAGAUGGGCCGGGCUGCCCUCGCCAUCAAGUACCAGGAGCUUCGAGAGGUGGCCGAGAGCUGUGCGGACAAGCUGCAGCGACUGGAGGAAAGCAUGCAUCGCUGGAGCCCCCACUGCGCAUUGGGCUGGCUGCAGGCAGAGCUGGAAGAAGCUGAGCAGGAAGCUGAGGAGCAGAUGGAGCAGCUGCUGCUGGGGGAGCAGAGCCUGGAGGCCUUCCUGCCCGCCUUCCAGCGCGGCCGCGCCCUGGCCCACCUGCGGCGGACCCAGGCGGAGAAGCUGCAGGAGCUGCUGCGGCGCCGGGAGCGGUCUGCCCAGCCAGCCCCCACCGCUGCCGCGGACCCCCCCAGACCCUUCCCCGCCGCGGCCGUCCCGCCCACCGGGGCCGCCCGGGGGCCGCCGGCAGUGCCCCGGAGCCUGCCCCCCUUGGACUCCCGCCCCGUGCCCCCCCUGAAGGGCUCCCCCGGGUGCCCCCUGGGCCCGGCCCCUCUGCUGAGCCCUCGGCCCUCGCAGCCGGAGCCCCCCCACCGGUAGGAUCCGGCGUACGGCCCCCAGGUGGGGGGCCCAGAGAAACUUGAUCCGUGGCUCCUCCUCCUCCCCCACUGCCUGGGUGGGGGGAGGGGCAGGCCCCUCCCCCUGGCCUCAGGCAGUCCCCGGCCCUGGAGGCUGAGCUGGGGAGGAGGGUCACCUGGAAGUUGCCCAGAGAGCGGGCCGGAGGUGGGGUGGGCAGGGUGUCUCUGGCGCUGAGGAAACUCUGCCUUUUUUUCUUCCCCGGCUGGGGCCUCCCGGGUAAUGGGCCAGCCCCAGUGAAAGGACUUUCUGCCUGGGCGCCUGGAAAGGUGCCUGCUUUCCCCACCCCCCCCCACCCCCCCCCCACCCCCGGGGACCCUGCCCAGGGGGCCGAAGCACCCUACCACUCCACUGGGCUGGCACAACGGGCGCGGGAGCGCCUUCCAUCGCGUCCUGCUCCUACCUUUCCCCAGUUCUGGGGCCCACAGCCUAGGAGCCAGGUGGUCAGACCCCAGCUGCGGGGCCAGGGACACCAUGGCCCUGGGGCUACUCUGUGCCCCACUCAUGCUCCGGUCGCUGGGGCAAGGUAGGCCAGGGGCUCCUGACCUGCACAGAUGAGAGUGGGCCAUCCCCAGGAAAGACCAUUCUGUAUUUUUCUGUCCCCGUCUCCUUAGAAUGGAACCUUUUUGAGGGCAGGUCCUUGUCUUUGUAUGUUCUGUCCCCAGCCCCACCUCCCAGGGGCCGUCAAUAAAUGUGAUGAUGAGGAUGA